CUACCGGGAGCCGCCGGAAUUGAGGCGAUGACAAGCAGUCGACGGUCAACACUCCGAUAGAAAUGGCGCUCGCCGAGGUUUGUGGCAUCAACUCCACCGUCGAUUUCGGCUACUCGCGGGAAAAGGACAAGAUCGCCGGCGAGAUUGAGGCGUACACCAAAAAUUUCGCCAACAACCUGCAACUGGCGGUGCCGCCGUUCGUCAAUCCAGCCGAAACUCUUGGCCGCAUAGCUCAAGGUACCGACGAAACCGGAAAGAACCUCAAGAUCAAGUUCGAUCAUGGAACCACGACCUUGGGCUUCCGAUAUCAAGGUGGUAUCAUCCUGGCGGUGGAUUCGCGUGCGACGGGAGGGCAGUUCAUUGGUUCGUCCACCAUGAAGAAGAUCGUGGAGAUCAACGACUAUCUUCUUGGUACUUUGGCCGGUGGCGCCGCCGACUGCGUCUACUGGGAUCGAGUCUUGGCGAGGCAGUGCCGCAUGUACGAGCUCAGAAAUAGAGAGCGCAUCUCCAUCGCGGCGGCGAGUAAACUCCUGUCGAAUAUGAUCUACAAUUUCAAAGGAAUGGGCCUGAGUAUCGGUAUGAUGCUGGCUGGCUGGGACAAACGCGGCCCUGGACUUUACUACGUCGAUUCCGAGGGCACUCGUACCCCGGGGAAGGUUUUCAGCGUAGGCUCCGGAUCCGUCUUUGCCUUCGGUGUCCUGGAUUCCGGUUACCGCUGGGAUUUAACCGACGAAGAGGCCUACGAACUUGGAAGACGGUCGAUCUACCAUGCCACGCACAGAGACGCCUAUUCCGGCGGCAUAAUAAGAGUGUAUCACAUGAAGUCCACCGGCUGGGUGCACAUCUCGGACGAAGAUUCCAAGGACUUGCAUUACGCGUACAAGGCUGAGUAAACCAGCGCUACCGAGCACCUCCUCCUAGAUUUAAUUAUUAAAUAUACAUUGUGCAGAUUAAUCGUUUAUGCAAUAAAACGAAAUUAUUUCUAUCUGUGUGAUUUAUAA